AUGCCGAUGUUUGAGGAUACGAUGGAACUCGCCCAAAGCGGCGAGCUUCCUCCAAAGGAACCGUCUCCACCGCCACGGCCGUCACCUCCCUCCGAAUCCGAACGUGUCAGCACUCCCUCAAAACCCAUCUCCAUUCCCACAUCUCCCUUUGUGUCCCGUAGGAUGUCCGAAGAGAGCAUACGGACCGACUUGUGCGAAGGCCCGCUCCCUGACACUCCGUCACCCCUGCCUCGAUCGUUUGUUUUACAGCCUUCGCCGGCCUCCGACGCCCAGCACGGCUUUGCUGACCCAUCCCCGCCCCGCACACCGCCCAGUCGAGAUGCCUCUGAACAGGUCACCGAUCGUGCGGAGCUAAUCGAAAGGAUCAAGCGAGGCGAGAGCCCGACUUGGAUCCCAAACCGACAUAUCGAGUCAAUGUAUCACAAGCGGACUCCUACUCAAAGUCCCAGGCCUCCAUCGGCAGACAUAAUAACGUCAACGACGCUGCUUCCUGCGGCCGAUAUCACCCCUGAACGGAUUCCAUUAGAGGCACACGACCACAACGCCGAGGCUGCCGCCAGACUGGAAGACGGCCUGAAUAUCGAACGGCCACGGUCGGCUUUGCACAGCGGCGAUUUCACUCAGAGCACGUCCAGUAGACGCCAGGCCCGAACGUCUGAAGAAACGGAAGCCCGCCCUACCGGACUACCCCGGCCAGGACCUGCGGCAGACGUCUCUCCCUCGCCUUGGGUAGCAACCUCACCGCCUCGGCACUACACGCCAUUUUCGUUCGAUCACCGGUCUCCUCCUGCGUCUGCGCUGGCGGAGCUUGGUGUGUUCCGAUCCAAUGUACCGUCACCGUCGUCGUCAAUCUCCUCUAGCUUUGUCUACAUGCCACCAACGAGCCCGCUUGUGCAGUCCCAGAGCAACUACGACGAAGACGACGGGGGGGAUAGCAGCCUCCCCAUGGACCACAUCGACAUUGCCCUUGGCAGUAGCCCGACACAGAGAGCCGCUGGCAGUAGAGCGAAUGCAAGGCGGCAUACGCUGACAUUCUCUCACAAUCGCCACUUGCAGUCAUCCCCUUACUCUGUCCCAAUCAUAUCGCACCCGCACCCCCGCCCACUGUCAGGAAACCUACGCCGUGAGAACACGCUUCCCUACCAGGCACACCAGCCUCGUAGAUCACUUUCUACGACCUCCAACUACAAUAUCGACCAUUUCCCUCCGACUUUCAACUCCGCAUCUACCCCUCAGACACCGCUACUCUCACGUUCCCGAAGACCGUCGUUCACCUUGGACUCGUCCCCCCUUCAGCAUGCGUCCAUGGUUGGCUCUUACGAAGAGAGCAUUCUCCGUGGCCGUAUGUCUACAACGCCGUCGAAGCCGCUUGAUUUCCUCGCUCAAAUCGGCGUUCUGGGCCUGGGAGCCAAGUGCAAACCCGGUCUUCGCUGCCCAGCACACGUCACGCUUCCAUUCUCAGCCGUCUUUUACAGCUACGCAACAACAUCCUACGGCCGGUCCAAAGCCGAAGACGGCCCCAGUCCCUAUGUGGGCAUGGUCGACCUCGAGAAUGGAUUGCCCAAUUCAGGCGCCGAGCAACGAUCAAAACGCAAGGCAAUGAUGCCCAGUCGACGGACCGCCUCGCGCACCCGACCGGAACAGUUCAAGCAGGGCGGAACGAACGGCACAACCAAUGCGGGAGAAAGCCACAAUCUUGCCCGUCCAGUGGAGGGCAAUCCGAAUGGAGACGAGAUUGUCAUGGAAGACAUGCAUGUGGAGCGACUCGAUCUAUCCGAUACAGAGGCGAACAAACCAACUGCUACUGCGUCUCGUUCUCAUAAGAGACGUCCGCAUGGCCCCAAAGUCCCGCCAGGCGGCUCCUACCGCAUUCCAGAACAGGGCCAACUUCAAAUCAUUAUCAAAAACCAGAAUAAGACGGCCGUUAAGCUGUUCUUGGUCCCCUACGACUUGACCGGGAUGGAGGCAGGCACGAAAACGUUCAUUCGACAGCGCAGUUACUCGGCCGGUCCGAUUAUCGACAACCUGCCAGCCACGAGCGACACGUCAUCUGAUCGCCCCAUUUUGCGGUACCUGAUUCACUUGCAUAUUUGCUGUCCUUCGCGUGGGCGCUACUAUCUCUACAAAAGCAUCCGAGUUGUUUUUGCCAAUCGCGUACCGGACGGAAAAGAGAAGCUGAGAAACGAACUGACCUUUCCUGAGCCCCUCUAUUCGCCCUACAAGCCCAUCCGCGUGAUGCACCCGCCUGCGGGUAUUGCCGGUGGUAGUGGUUACCACGUGGGCGGGAACGGCCCGGGAGCCGCUCUUGCUGCCGAGAAAGCGUACCGACGGCGCAGUUCGGGCUUGUCAUUCACUGCCAAUGCCAUGUCGCAAGCCUUUGACGCGUUUGGCGUCCAGCACCCACUUGUGCCCGCCAUCCCAACGCAAUCGGCCUUACCAAAGCCUGCUGUGUCCUCGCGCUCCUGGUCCAACCACGGUAUAGUCGGUCAGCUGCCUUUCGACCAGACUGAAAGCAAUGCGAUUGGCGGUCGUCCUUUCGUCAGAUUUGACCAGCCACUGGGUUCGCCAUCCGUUGCAGCACUUGGAUUUGGUCCUGCAAACAGUCUGGAUCAGACAACUACCGGCAAGAGCCACAACUCGAAAAGCAUGGAAGAAAGCAGCAGCAGCAGCUCUACAGGCACCACGACGGUCACGUCUCCUGCUUUGCCUCUGUACAAGAAGCUCAGUAAAGGCGAUAUCGGCUAUGGCGGAAACGCUUUCGUAAGCGGUAGCCCGGCUGCUUGCGAGGGACUCCUAUCGCAACGCCUGCGGUCACUCGAAGUCGAGAAGAACGUGGCUCCUGAGGGGGCCGACAGGGAAACCCCUGACAUUUGA